GGAGAGAGCUAGUUGGGGGGAAAAUCGUAUAUUGAUCAUGAACAGUGAUCAUGGGUAGAACUAGUGCAGAUAGAGGUUAUUAAACUAACUGUAGAUUGGAUUAUUUCUGGAAAGAUUUCUGGUAAUGAUCGAAGGUGAUACUGAUAAGGAAAAGGUUGCUGGCAGAAUUUUUGGUGUGUUUUACAGAAAAAAAAAAUAGUUAAAGAAGGAAUAUAUAGUUUCAGAAAAUUGGAUGAAAUGGAGAUUAAUUUGCAAAUCACAUGAUAAUAUUAAGUUUAAGGCAAGAUAGAAAAAUGCCAGAUCAUCUGUUCUACCAUCACAGCACAACGAACAUUUGAACACACUCCAGAAAUUGGCUCCAGAACUUUGUUUCAUUCAUAAACAGCAGCAGACACUUUUAGAAAGAGACAGAACAUUUGAUUGGAGGAGAGUCACAAUAAAAAAAAAAGAAAUAAUAUUUGAUUGGCUGAGAAGAGACAGAUCAUUUGGUUGGAGGAGAGUAUCUUUGAGAAAGUCCCAGGAGACAGAACCUUUGAUUGGAGGAGAGUUAAACAGACAAUAUUUCUGAUUGGCUGAAGAACAUUACAGGACAUAAUGGAUUUACCAGUACCAAAUAAGACAUCGACUGACGGCCAGACUUUUGGGCUGCCUUUAAGGGAUCUUGGUUCCUUUGUGCAUUCAUCUACAGUCAGUGAUGCAGAAAUUAAAGAUCAUAGAUCGGCUGACACAGUUCUUGUUGGGCUUCAUCUUCCCAGGCAGGGUGCGAGGCAUAGACGACAAAAACGUGGCCAUAAAAGGAAGUCAUCACAGCCGCACUUGGAAUCAACUAUGUCUGAAGGUGGAAGGGGCAGUCCGAGAUUUGGUGGCAUUAGCAGACGCGAGACAUAUCAUGGUCCCAAACAUAAACACGAGGAUAGCGCAUUGAGCCGCAGUCUUAGUCUUUAUGCCACACCCCCAUCCCAGCAUGUGCAGUUCCUAUUGGGUGAAGAAGAAGAUGAUGAAGAACACAGAACGCAUGACCUAUUUUGUGAGUUGGGUGAAUUAUUUACACAUGAUGGAGAAAUGGAAUGGAAAGAGACUGCCAGGUGGAUCAAGUUUGAAGAAGAUGUGGAGGAGGGUGGUGAAAGAUGGUCGAAACCUCAUGUGGCAACUCUGUCAUUACAUUCCUUGUUUGAACUGCGGUCAUGUCUACAUAAUGGGACAGUUAUAUUGGACAUGGAGGUUCAAUACUUCUACCAAAUAAUUGAUAUCUUAUUAGACAAUAUGUGUGCCUCAAAUCAGUUAGAAGAAACGUUGAAAGAUCAAGUUCGGGAUGUUCUUCUUCAGCGGCAUCGCCAUCUAAAUGAGAAGCACGAAAAACGGCACCAUGAUAACGGUUCAAGCAAAAUACAUCUACCCCUUAUCCGAUCUCUGGCGGAUAUUGGACGAAAAUACUCACUUCCAAAGGAAAUGCAUAAUCACAAUGAGCACGAGGAAUAUGGCAACACUCUCGGAACAGGGCUUCAUGUGUCUUUUGCUGGGCAUGUACAAACUGUGCGGCGCCAUGCAUAUCAUGUGUAUGGGCUGGAUAAACAGUUUACACAUAGUCCUGCAACUCUCCGUCGCUUAUCUAUAAUCAACGAAAAUGGUGAUGACCCCAAGAAUAAGUUGAAGGGUGUGAAGACAUUGCCAAACUUUAACCAAAUAAUGAGACAAGACAGCCAUCCAAAGAUAAAUAACAUGUCAUCGCUCGGGUCAAACUUGCGGCGAAAUCAGUCUUCAGGAGAAGAUCUGUAUCAAAGUGCUUCCACAGCGAAGUUAAACUCUCACUUUAUGAAGAAGAUUCCACCCGGUUCAGAAGCUGCCAAUGUUUUAUGUGGGGAAGUUGAUUUCCUCAAUCACAUGGUGUCAGCAUUUAUACGUCUUAAGACAUCGUCAGUGAUGGGCGAUCUCACGGAAGUUCCAGUGCCUACAAAAUUCAUGUUUCUGUUACUCGGUCCAGUUGGGAACCAGAGCAGAUACCAUGAAAUUGGAAGAUCUAUAGCUACCCUGAUGACAGAUGAGGUGUUUCAUGAUGUUGCAUAUCAUGCCCAUAACAGGGAUGAUCUGUUGGCUGGUAUAGAUGAAUUUCUUGACCAAGUCACAGUUCUGCCCCCUGGAGAGUGGGACCCCUCCAUUAGAAUUGAGCCACCUAAAAGUGUUCCUUCUCAAGAGGGGAGGAAAAAAAUUGUUGAGCCUCAAAAAGUGUUGCCCAAUGGGAAGGUAGCUGUAGAAGAAGAGGAGGAGUCACAUGGAGAUGACCCCGCCCUUCAGAGAACUGGCAGGUUGUUUGGUGGCUUAAUUCAAGAUAUAAAAAGAAAAGCACCAUUUUACGUUAGUGAUUUCAAAGAUGCCCUACAUGUACAAACUCUGGCAUCCUUCAUGUUUCUUUAUUUUGCGUGUCUAACACCAAUCAUCACAUUCGGUGGGUUGCUGGCAGACGCCACCAAGAAUGAUUUGGGAGCAUUGGAGAGUUUAUUGGCGGGAUGCAUUGUAGGUGUUCUGUAUGCUUUAUGUUCUGGGCAGCCUCUGACCAUACUGGGCUCUACAGGGCCGGUACUCGUGUUCGAGACAAUUCUAUAUAAUUUCAGCGAAGACAACGGUUGGAAUUAUCUCUCAUUCCGUUGGUGGGUCGGUCUUUGGACAGGUCUCAUCCUGAUUGUUAUGGUUGCCUUUGACCUUUCUGCACUUGUACGAUACAUUACCAGAUUCACAGAAGAAAGUUUUGCCGCUCUGAUUUCACUUAUAUUUAUAAAGGAAGCAGUUGGGAAAUUAAUAGACAUUACCCAUAAAGUGCCAGUGAAUUUAAACCCAGAUGUGUCGCCAUUUCAUGACUGUAUUUGUAUCGCACCAAGUGCGCCGUCAACGUCUGCUCCUACUAACAGUACGAAUGUGACAUAUGCGGUUGCAAAUAUCACCACAUUAGCACCCACAACAACAAUCAACUACUCAAAUAUAGAGUGGCAUAAACUGCCACGCGAUCACUGUAUAGAACAUGGUGGGAGUCUUGUCGGGGAUGGAUGUAAUCAUGUAGCAGACGUGUUUUUCUUGUCAUGUCUGCUGUUUAUAGGAACAUUCGCAAUUGCUUAUGGAUUUAAAUUGUCUAGGAAUAGUCGAUGGUUCCCAACAUGGGUACGUACUAUUAUAUCAGACUUCGCUGUAAUUUUGGCAAUAGCUCUAAUGGUUGGUACAGAUGCCAUCAUUGGAUUGGACACACCAAAACUGGAAGUUCCUGUUAAAUUUCAACCGACGAAUCAUGCGACACGCGGCUGGUUCAUAUAUCCAUUCCAUGAGAAGAAUCCUAUUUGGUUAUGUGUAGCAGCGGUCAUUCCGGCACUACUGGCCACCAUCCUCCUCUUCAUGGAUCAGCAAAUUACUGCUGUGAUUGUCAAUAGAAAGGAAAACAAAUUGAAGAAAGGGUGUGGUUAUCAUCUUGACUUGCUGCUUGUUGCCAUUUUGAUCAUUAUCAACUCUAUACUUGGUCUGCCGUACUUUGUCGCCGCUACCGUCCUCUCUAUCAAUCAUGUGAUGUCUCUGAAGAAAGAAUCCGAGUGUACUGCUCCGGGAGAAAGACCUAAAUUCCUGGGCGUAAGGGAGCAGCGAGUUACAGGGGUUGCGAUAUUUUUGAUGAUUGGAUUGUCUGUGUUCCUUACAUCUCUUUUGAAGUUCAUUCCAAUGGCUGUGCUGUAUGGGGUCUUCUUGUUCAUGGGUAUUUCGUCACUGAAAGGAAUGCAGUUAGUGAACCGUAUUAUGAUACUCUUCAUGCCAAUGAAAUACCAGCCAGACUAUACGUACCUCCGUCAUGUGAGAACACGAAGAGUUCACUUCUUCACAUUCAUCCAGGUAUUAUGUCUGGUGAUGUUAUGGGUGAUCAAAACAAUCAAGGCAAUCUCCAUUGCUUUCCCUAUUAUGGUAUUGGCAAUGUGUUUUAUACGGAAGGCAUUAGACUAUCUGUUUACACAGACAGAACUGAAGUGGCUGGAUGAUAUAAUGCCAGAAAUCAGCAAACGUGAGAAAGAUGAUAAAGAACUUGAAAUUCAGGAGAAACAAGAUGAAUAUGAAACUUUGUUGGAUCCCAAAAACGCAAAUCCGGAAGUGAACCAAAGACCGCAGGCGUCGAUUAUCAAUCUAGCGAUUAAUGGUGGAAAUGAUAGCUUCAUAAAUCAAGUAAAUAUAACGGAGGAAGUGGCGAAAUGUCAAAUAUGGAAGAAUCUGCAAUCAAACGAACAUCAGGGAAGUACGGACAGCAGCCAUGGUGGAAGCAGUAGUGGCAGCAGCAAAAGAGAUCUUACCCAUGGAUUACCUGUGGUUUUAAAGGUUAAAAGAAAACAUAAAAAACGUCAUAGGAAAGAAUCACACGGAUUACCCACCAUUCCCCAUUCUCCGACAGAAAAAGAUCCACACAAGGCUAAGAAAGGUGUUGCAUUUUAUAUUGAUGAAGAAGAAAGCGACAAAGAGGACACGCAUGAACUAAUCAAACCUCCGGCAAUCUUUGUCGACCCACCCAGCGAUGGCGAGAGUCGGCAACGUAAAGUGUCUGUGUAAACAAAGAUGUUGAUCAUUCAAGUGAUAAUGUGACUUGUUCUGAAACAUUUCUUUGUUAACAGUCUAAGAAAUGAUUAGUAAGUUUGUUGCCAUAUUUUUUUUUUAUAAACAACACAGUCAAGAUGGAAGCAUAUAUCUUAUGAUUUAAGGGAGCGGACCUGUAAUGAUAUUUGACAAAAUCUCUAUAGUAACGUUUUCUCCAUUUAUGAUUUUGGCAUUUUACCGAUUGUCACCAAAAUCACUGCUCAUAUAAGAUUCAUUAAUUAAUUGUCACCGAAAUCACUGCUCAUAUGAGAUUCAUUAAUUAAUUGUCACCGAAAUCACUGCUCAUAUGAGAUUCAUUAAUUAAUUGUCACCGAAAUCACUGCUCAUACGAGAUUUAUUUACUAUCACAGCUAUCUCGGUAAUGCAAUUCCAUAUUCUUUGGACACAAAUAUAGCUGAACUUAAGUAAAUUGUCAGUUGUUAUUACUGGUCCACUUCCUUAAAAACUGUUACCAACAAAGUGGCUUCUAUAAGAUACAGCGUAACCUUUCCAGAGAUUGAACAGCACCGGACAGACUGAAAUGCCUUAUUUUUACAAAAGUUGUUUAUCUUCAGGAGAGGUUAAUUUACUAAGAAUUUCAUUGUGUAGGUACGGAAAUAUCUACCUUUGUAGCAGGUAUUUAGUCAUUAAGGUGUCGGUUAAAGUUAACACUGUUUUUUCCUGGGUAUAGAUGUAUAUUAUUAUCAAGAAUUGCAAAUCUUGCACUGUUUGAUCUGUAUUUGCAAAGAAUUCAUUGAUGUACUAUUAUACAUUAAUUGAGUGUUUAGUUUUGUUUUCACAAUGAUUCAUGCCUGUGUAAGAACUUAGGACAUCUGUGAUAUAAAACUUGUUUUAGUAUCUGUAAUCAUGUUCGAGUUUUGUGCAAGGGAAGAUGGAUUUAUUUCAUUUUCUCAUACUGUUUCAUCUCUUAGAUUUGAAGACUUGUAAAUUUUUUAUUUUUUUUUUCAUGUUUAGAAUUUGUUAAGAAAUGCUAUCCUAUAUAGUUUGUUCAUGGAAAAAUCCAUGGUCAGUUAGUUCCACCAGUUUGUGAUUUUAUUGCUGCUUUGCAAUAAAAGUGAACCAUGAAUUUUAACGUUUUUAUUCAUGAAUAUAAAUGAUUCUACAGUCUGUGAAUACUAAUGAUUUUACAGUCCAUGAAUAUUAAUGAUUUUACAGUCCAUGAAUAUAAAUGAUUCUACAGUCUGUGAAUACUAAUGAUUUUACAGUCCAUGAAUAUAAAUGAUUUUACAGUCCAUGAAUAUAAAUGAUUCUACAGUCUGUGAAUACUAAUGAUUUUACACUCUAUGAAUAUUAAUGAUUUUACAGUCCAUGAAUAUUAAUGAUUUUACAGUCCAUGAAUAUAUAUGAUUCUACAGUCUGUGAAUAUAAAUGAUUUUACAGUCCAUGAAUAUAAAUGAUUCUACAGUCUGUGAAUACUAAUGAUUGUACAGUCCAUGAAUAUAAAUGAGAUUUUACAGUCCAUGAAUAUUAAUGAUUUUACAGAACUCAAUUUUUAGAUUCUGAUCAUUGCCUGUCAGCUUUCCUUUUAUAGGACAUUAACAAUUUGGAGGCAAAAGUCAGUGAAAAUGGUUGGGUUUGCAGUGAAUAUCAUAAUAAAAUGGACAUUCAACACAAUUACUUCACUAUUACAAGUCUUGAACAAAGGGGUAAAACUAUAGUCCCUUUCUUCAUUUUUUUCUGCCACUGAUUCAUUUAUUUGGAAUAGGGUAUAUUUAUACAUCUUCAUAAUGAGUUUAAACAGGGUCUGUACACAAGGAUUUAUACAGAAUUUUACUCAGAAAUACAACAUGGACAUUAAAUUGUUAUUUCGGAUUAUUUCAUUUCCUUUUUCUUUUAAAAUAUCUCCUUAUGCAGCUGUUUAAUUCAUAUCACAGAGAGGCUGGGCCUUUUACAAGUUGAAGACUACUAACACUAAAAAGUUUAAUUAACGCCUCUAGCAUAUAUAUCACUUUGUAACCUGAUAUCAAAUACUAGUAUUUCACAUUGUCAUUUUACAUGAAAUUACUGUUAUUACACCAUAACUUAAUACGUAUAUACUUGCAUAAAGUUUUAUUUGUAAUUCCAUGACUGGCAUUAGAUGCACAUGCUCCCUCUCAGUCUAUAAAUAGACCUGCAAAUUUCAGUAUAAGUAGGCCAAGAAGUGUCACUCUUGGUCUAUAAAUAAACCAGCAAAUAGUCUCUAUAAUUUGGCCACCAAGUGUCACUCUCGGUCUAUAAAUAGGCCAAGGAGUAUCACACUACAAGAAUCACUCUUAGUCUAUAAAUAGGCCAAGAAGUGUCACUCUCCAUCUAUAAAUAGGUUAACAACCAUCAAUCUCAGUCUAUAUAUAGACCAACAAGAAUCAGUAGACAAAAAUAUGGGACUUGUUCUAUAAUUAAGCCGUCUCUUAAAAUAGACCAACAAGAAAUCACUCUCAGUCUAUAUACAGACCAGCAAGUAUCACAUUAAUAAUUGUUAGGACCUAGGUAUUUUGUUCAGUUAUUUGUUUGAUUUGAAACAAAAGUAAAACAAAAUUUGUAUUUUUUAUGCUACUGCUAAAUUCUGCAUUGAUUUAGGAUGUCACUUUUUUAUUAGUUACUUGAACUAAAAACAAUUUGAGUAAGUGUUUUACUUGGGUAAAAAAUGUGAUUUUGUCGUUGUUCAAUACAUAUUUCAUCCUAAUUUAAGGUUAUUGAACACUCAGAACAGUAUAUUAUCUGGAUGGAAUGUUAUUUUUAGAUUCGAUCAGUUUUAAGGUUCUUAUACAUUUUCAAUCAUUUUAAAAUGCAGUAGAUCUUACCUUAUGUUUUAUGUAAAUAUAUUUCACGUAAAAAUGUUGGAAUGAAUAUUUGAUGGAUUUGUGGAUAGUAUUUUUAUUUAUAUUUUAUGGGUAUUUGUACAAAUUAGACUUCGCAAGUAUAUUUUAGUCUAAAAAUCCAAUUUAUGUAUAACAUAUGUUGAUUUUAGAAAAGGUGUGUCAGAUCGAUAUUUCAGUUCCAAAGUAAGCGUGAUUAUUAAAAAUAUCCAUAUAGACUACUAUCUCACUGUUUUUAUCGAGUUUAAUUUUUACACAUUAAAGUUGUUGUGAAAUACCAUGACGUUUUAGAUCAGGUAAUAAUUAUGAAUAUUAUAAGAUAUGUGGUGAAUGUGCACCUGAAAAUAUGAGGAAAGGUGCGAUUUUUAUAACCCCUGCUUUUUUAUUGGGGAUGCAGAUGACAAAAUCCUGUCUAUAAUUGCAGAAUGAAAGUUUUAGGGUUAAUCAAGUCCUUUGGGAAGUAGUUCUGAGAGAGUGAGUGGGUUUUACGGCAAAUCAACACAAAAUGGUCAUAUAUUGCCGAGAAAGUAGUUCUGAAUAUUCAUUAUGUUAACACUAUAAUUCUGUUGUUUUAUAAAUUAAGUUAGUGUACUGCUAUUGGCAGUCUGUAAUUUUUGUUUGAUUGCAUAUUCAGUUCUGCUGUUUGGCCAUUUUGCAGUCAUUUUAGGUAUUUGGCCGUUCUGCAGUCACUUGGCCAUGGAGUGCUCACUUAUGCUAUUUGGCCAUGGAGUGCUCAUUUGUACUAUCUGGCAAUGGAGUGCUCACUUAUGCUAUUUGGCCAUGGAGUGCUCACUUAUGCUAUUUGGCCAUGGAGUGCUCAUUUGUACUAUCUGGCAAUGGAGUGCUCACUUAUGCUAUUUGGCCAUGGAGUGCUCAUUUGUACUAUCUGGCAAUGGAGUGCUCACUUAUGCUAUUUGGCCAUGGAGUGCUCACUUAUGCUGUUUGGCCAUGGAGUGCUCAUUUGUACUAUCUGGCCAUGGAGUGCUCACUUAUGCUAUUUGGCCAUGGAGUGCUCACUUAUGCUAUCAGGCCAUGGAGUGCUCACUUAUGCUGUUUGGCCAUGGAGUGCUCACUUAUGCUAUUUGGCCAUGGAGUGCUCACUUACGCUGUUUGGCCAUGGAGUGCUCACUUACGCUGUUUGGCCAUGGAGUGCACACUUAUGCUAUCUGGCCAUGGAGUUCUCACUUAUGCUGUUUGGCCAUGGAGUGCUCACUUAUGCUGUUUAGCCAUUCUGUUGCCGUUAUCACAGUUCGUACAGAGAAAAUAUAAUGAAACUGAACUUGCAGAGUGCCAGUAUGCGUCCAUUCCAUUACCCUGGUGAAACUGAUUACCUCAAAUUUCUAGUUACAACCCUCCAUAGAAGUCUGUCUCAUAACAAAUUUGUUAGACAAGAUGUUAAUAUGGAUAGACUGAAAGGUUGUACUGAGUUUUAUAUAUGUAAAUAAUGUAUGUUUGAAGUACGGUGGAAAACUUGAAAUAGAACAGUCUCGUGAUGGGAUGAAAAGCAAUGUUUUAAGGGUUUUCUGCUUUAGGUGAGGUUCUGUUGUGUGUGAUGAAUGAAAGUUGUUAAUUAUGGUGAAGGACAGAAAAAUUGUUAUAUUUAUAGGUUAUUAUAUUUGUACAAGUUGUGCAAAGGAAAAUUGCAUGACUCAAGGCGUUCAGAUUUAUUUCACACGAUUGCAUAUUUCAGAUCUUUUUUUAUUACAUUCACAUCUUCGUCACAAAUGACGUCAUUCACCGAAAUCAAAUUUGAACGUAAUUACGGACAAAAAAGAACAUUUAAAGUUCAUUUGUAAGCUUUGUUUAAAAAUGUGUGUGAAAAUAAGCUAUAUUUUAUCCAUUUAUAUGUACAGAAAAACAGAUUGCAGUAAAUACAUGUAUAUACAAGUUAUACUGCUAUGUAUUUAGACUGUAGUUUUUGUGAAUCUGAAACAAAUACACACAAACAUAUGCAUAAAAGUUGAAUUCAGGCGCAAGUUGAUCCAUUUUUGAUCGCAAAAAAUCUACUCACAUUAAUUUUGUGUUGUUAAUAUCCUCCGGUCAUAUGUGUGAUGUAUGAAAGCACAUUCCUUUCAGAUAAUACAAAACAUCAGUCAUUCUCAGAAAGUUGUUUUUCAGAGCAAAAAGGGAUUUAUUCCUUAAAAUGUUUCUGAGAUUUUUAUAUGAUCUUUCAUUUGUAUGUAAUAUGAGUAUGUGUUCAGUUAAAAUGAAAUAGGAAUGGAAAUCUUAUUCUCUUUGUCAUAGAAUGCCUCACUGGUAAACAAAAUAAUGCGUUUUAUUGUCCCAGGUUCCAUGUUCUUACUGUUCAUUGAUGUUUGUGCGACAGUUAAUUCUACAGUUCCAGGAAGAUAAUUGGACAGUUAACUUGUUUUAUAUAAAUAGUAUCAAAUGAAAUUUUUUGUUUUUAAUUAUAUUCAUCAUAUUAUAAAUCCAUUAUAAUUAUUCUUUAGCAUUUCAAUAAACACAUUAUAUUCUUUGUACUAUGCUGGUAAAUCCAAAGAAUUUUACACUGAGCAUAAUAUCAUACGUUGAAAACCAUUUAUAACUUUCAUUAACUGUGUUUUGAACCAAGAUUAAAUCAACAUUUCUGGUAUUUGUUUUGAUGGUAACACAUACCCAUGUCCUAGCAUUCAAGUUUAAGUGUAUAAAACUGAGUUUGAAGACCAUUUUCUGAAUUCUGUCAUCUCAUUGGUUGUUUGUGACAUCAAUUUUGAAAUCGACCAAUGGGCUGGUAGCAUUUCAUAAGACUGAUCUGUUCCCGAUUGGUUGUUUCAAAGUACGAUUUUGAAACUGGCCAAUGGCAUAGUUUCCUUUCUAUGAUCUCACAGUUUAUAGGUAGUAUUGGAGGUCUUAGUAUAUUCAGAAAAAGAAAAAUCAAAAUAAUUUACAUCUGGCCUCCUGUACACUAAACACUUUUCAGUCUUUGACAGCAAAUUUUACAAGAACUUCAAAGAUCAAAUUCUGGUUGAGACUGACCAUCAGUACUGAAAUCUUGGAAAUUAACAUUUAAGGCGCAUAUCAAUGAAAAAUAAAGUUUCAUUACCAAAUGCAAUUUUGCCUGAAAAUGUUUUAUGAACAUAGGCUGGGUUUUUAAAUAUUCUUAUACCAGAAAAUCUGUUGUUUUAACUAGAAGUACUUUGAUUUCCGCAACCAAAAAUAACACUGAAGGGUUAGUCUGACAAAACAGUAGAAACAUUUCAUUUGUAUUUCAUUAAAAUUCUAACAAAACUCAAAGCUUUAAGUUACAUUACAUCUCAGCAGUUUUACUGCAUAUACAAGUAAUUACCGGUAAGCAAAAUUAAUUUGAUUUCUCUAAUCUCUCUCUAAUAGUCUGCUUUAUAAAACUGAUUAUCUUGGAAAUAAUUUUGCUUUAAUUUUAUUAAAUUAUGUUUAUGUUUUCAUUAAUUUUGUUUGUUCUGUUUUAUCUAAUUUAUAAGCAUAAUAAUUCAACAAUUUCAUGGAUUUUCAUGGUUUUAAUCCCAUAGACUGUCUCAUAAAACUUACAAUUUUAUGUAUGAAAAAUGUUAAAUGUGCUAUGUGUACAUUGUAUUAUAAUCAGCAAGUUGCACAUAUAUCUAUACAUUUAAAAUCAGUCAAUCUCAUUUGUAACAUACUCAGUGUGUUAUAAACUUUUGUUUGUUUUUCUUUGAUGUUAAUCAUAAUGUUUGUAGAAACCGUUAUGAUGUGUGUUUUAUUUUCAGAAUUUUUGUUUGUUCUCAUUGUGAAUGUGAGUUUUUUUGCCAUAGGGAAUCGCUUUAUAAGUGGUUCUGGUCUUAAUUAAUUUCAUAUUUGCUUAUUUUAUUGAAGGUUGUAACUUUAAACACGUUUUGACCAAAAAAAAAAACUAUUUUUUAACGAUUUCAGGUAAUUAUCUGUCGGAACAAUAAAAUUAAAAUCUUGUUUUUACACAGACGAUGCAUCUCAAAAAUGACUUUGAUUAUACUGUAAAAGCACAUACUUUUGCGGGGUUAAAAUUUCACGAUUUAGAAAAUUCGAAUAAGUUUGCGAGGUUUAAUAUUCGCGAAAUUGUUGAAUUUGAAUUAUUCUAAUAGGGAAUAUUUACGCGAGGAUUAAUUUUUACGAGAUGUAGGGCCUCGCGAAUAUAGUGAAAAUUAAACCUUUGUAAAAAUUUCUGCGUUUAUAGUACACGUAGAACAUGAAAUGAUCAGUUCUCCAUGUGGUACCAUUUUAAACAUACCCUGUAGUUGCUACUUUAAAGUUCAUAUAGAAAUGUAAUAACCAGUUUUGCUUGAUUUAAAUUUUUUUUUAUUCCUCUUGGUUGCAAAAUCUAAUGGCCAGGUGGCAUUGAUAUGGAAGUUCAUGGUAGAUUUGUACAUAGCCAUGUGUAUACAUACAGCUAUUUAAACUGCAAUAUCUCCAUUGUCUUAUAUUAUAAGUGUAAGCAGUCAGAAAUUGUCAUUGUCUUGUAGUUAACAGAAAAAAAAACCACACAAAAAACAGAAGGAAUAUUUCAAAGCUAUAAAUAUCACUGUAAUUUAUUGUAUACUUGUAUAUUACGUGAUCAUGUAAGACGUGCGAUAGAUUAUAAAAAAACAUAGUAACUAUAUUAAAAUAAUGUGUUUUGUUGAAUAAAGUUAUGCAUCUGA